CUCGCUUCUGAUAUGAACCAAGCUAGUGCUUUCACGUGACUUUGUGGUUUCCUCUGUAUUUCUUCGGUGAUCUUCAGCUUCUCUUCUUUUUUUUCCCCAUCAACGUUUCGUCUUCUAGACAGAACAUCUUGAGCCUACCACAAAUGGGUCUGGGGGUUUCUUCAGAUCCUUUACCGCUCGACUAGCCGACGUGAUGAUAGUUCCGGCUCCAUAUACAACUUAAGACGCUCCACUAAACAGACAGCUCUGAUCCCGGCCAGGCGCCAGUACAAUGGAAUCACUGACCGAGACGCAAUGGGAUGUCACAAUCUCCGGCACUGGGAUUCCCCAGUCGCUUCUGGCUCUAGCUCUCUCCCGGUCUGGUAAAAAAGUCCUUCACGUUGACAAGAACUCAGUUUACGGGGGCCCGGAUGCUGCCUUGAGUCUUCACGAGGCCGAGGAUUGGGUCUCGACAGUUAAUCAAGAGUCCACUCAUCUUCCAUUUGAGGAUGCUAGCAUCUUUGCGCCAACUGUGUCUGAAUCUACAUCCGGACUAUCGUCUUCUAGGUCAUAUACACUAGCAUUAUCACCACAACUUAUCUACUCCAGGUCUCGAUUGGUGCCUACACUGGUGUCAUCCAGGGUCUAUCGCCAGCUCGAAUUCCAAGCUGUUGGGAGCUGGUGGGUGUACAAGCCAACUACUGGUGAAAGCAAGGGUUUAUACCGAGUCCCUAGCAGCCGUGAAGAUGUCUUCGCGGAUGAUUUUAUCAGCAUGAAGUCUAAAAGGACACUCAUGAGAUUUCUUCGUCACCUCCAGAGUCAGCUGAAACAAGAGGCAGAGGAAGGGGAUGGCUCAGUUGCUGAGGACGAAGACCUGGCCAAGCCUUUCUCAGAGUACCUCACAUCUAAGUUCCAGGUUCCCCCUGAACUCUACGAUGCUCUUAGCUCUCUUUCCCUAUCGCAAGUUGCUCCCCUGGCAACUGCCGCUAGGUAUGCUAUUCCACGUCUGCAGAGGCAUCUCGCUUCUAUUGGGGUAUUCGGGCCUGGGUUUGGAAGUGUUUUGGUCAAAUGGGGUGGAGGGUCCGAAAUCUCGCAGGUAGGGUGUCGAGCCCUCGCUGUUGGUGGUGGCGUAUAUGUAUUGAAUUCCGGGGUUGAGUCGUUGAAACAUGACGAACAACCUGGCGAGGAUUCACGCAUACAGAUGCAUUUGACCAGCGGUGAAACAAUCACGUCCAAGUAUGUGGUUGGUUCCAAUUGGGAUCUUCCUGCGGAGGCAGGGCUCCCGUGUGACUAUGACAGAGUCUCACGGUCAAUUACAAUUGUGUCAUCGUCACUAGACGGCUUGUUUCCUAUCACAGCAGAGGGCGGGCCGAUCCCUGCUGGGGCCGUUGUGAUGUUCCCAUCAGCCUCGCUCGGUCUCACGGACGAAUCUCCGCCGGUCUAUAUCACCGUGCACUCCAGCGAAACAGCCGAGUGUCCGUCAGGUCAAAGUGUCCUUUACGGCAGUGUCAAUAUUCCUGGUCAGCAGGGGCAGUCCUUGAUUGCAGAUGCUAUAAAUAAACUUCUUUCAUCAAAUGCGGGGCCGGGCGCUAGAGUCCUAUGGUCUUUACGCUACACACAACUCGGGCGGGCCCUUGAAGGCGGUUCACCCGUCAACAGUGUGUCGGGCAAUCUCGUGCGAUUCCCUCCGCACAGCCUAGACCUUGCUUUUGAUGACUCCGUCAUCGACCUAGUCAAGGACGCGUGGAUUAGGAUCAUGGGAGACGAGGCUUCUCCAGGUCACUUCAUGAAGUUCGAGGAUCGGGAAUCUUACGAUGAUGAGGAAUAAUGUGGCUCCAUUGGGUUGAUAUUGUUGCCCAUGGCUCUUUUUUGAUACUCCAGCUAUUAGAUUGCAGGCAGUCGGUGGCAACGAGCUAUUUUCCGGUCUUCUAUCGGCCAAUCUAAUCUUAUUUGCACAUAUACUUAACCAAAUUUCCAGUUGGGCUGGGCAACGCUCAUGGUUCUGCGAUGCUCUCUCUUGCAGAGAAGCAAGGUACAUAU